AUGGCCUCUGCGACGAGCGGGGCGUACCCCCCGGCCCUGGAGAGCCACGAGCAGCAGCACAUUGUCGAGAUCAUCAAGGAUUGGACCAUUGGCAACGGCCUGGCCCUGCGUCCACCGCCUGCAGUCAUCUCUACAGAGGCCGACCCCAGGGGAAUCUCGGCCGUCAGCGCGCCUGUCACCAUCUUCCCAAGCCCAUUCCCCAAGGUCUGCUUUGAGCAGGCCAAGUUGGUGCAACGCGCCUACAAUGAGCUGUAUGCGGCUGUCAGCCGUGACGAGGAAUUCCUGAAAAAGGCUGUGGACGAGGUCAUUGAUGGCGAUGAGUUCAUUGGGAACCUCUGGAACAUUCACCUCAAAGUCAAGGCUGAGGGAUACACUCAGUCUACCUCUCUCGGCCUGUUCAGAUCCGACUAUAUGGUUCACCAAGACUCAUCAGCCAACCCACCAAUUCUUCAGGCGAAGCAAGUUGAGUUUAACACAAUUGCUGCGUCGUUCGGUGGGCUCUCACACUACACAUCCGCACUUCACAAGUUUUUAGCCACUACGGAAUACCCCCUGCUGAACCAAGCCAUCCAAGCCGGCUCACUGGAUUUGCCAGCCAACCCCUCCACUGAGGGCCUGGCCUCUGGUAUCACGGCGGCCUAUCAUGCAUACGGCGAGCCUACUCUAGGUCACCCCAAAUGUGUCAUCUUCCUUAUCCAGAAAGGCGAGCGCAAUGUCUUUGACCAGCGACAUCUAGAGUACCAAGUCGUCAAAGAUUCACCAUCCACCCCGGUGUUUAGACUUGCAUUCUCCGAGAUAUUCGAAUACACAUCGCUUGCAGAUACCGAGAAACGACAGCUUCUCUACCGCCCCCCUCAAAACCCCUCCAGAGUGUACGAAGUGGCGGUCGUCUACAUCCGGGCAGGCUACGGACCCGACGACUACCCCGACCAACGAGCCUGGGACGCCCGGUACCAUCUGGAGCGCUCAAACGCGAUCAAGUGCCCCACGGUUCUGACCCAAGUGGCCGGCAUCAAGAAGGUCCAGCAAAUCCUCGCCACACCGCGGCCGUCCACCGAGCCUUCAAUCCUGGGGAAGUUCAUCGACGACAGCACAAAGGAAGCGCAGGAGCUUUGGAAGACUUUCACCAACAUCUACCCCAUGGACACCUCGGAUUCCGGCCUGGAGGCAAGAAAGAAGGCCCUGGACCCAGAGCUCUGCAAAGCCUACGUGCUUAAGCCCCAAAGGGAAGGCGGAGGCAACAACAUCUACCGCACCGCCAUCCCAGAGUUUCUCAAAACCAUCCCCGAAGCGCACUGGAAUUCGUACAUUCUCAUGGAACUCAUCACGCCGCCCCCGGUGUCCAACAUCAUCCUCCGCAACGGCCAAAUCGAAAAGGGCGGUGUUAUUUGCGAGCUUGGUGUCUUCGGAUCCUGUGUCUGGGAUCAAAAGACUGGGGAGGUCAAGCACAACAAGGAGCACGGCUACCUGCUUCGAACCAAGGGUGAUCAGAGCGAGGAGGGCGGGGUGGCUGCUGGAUAUGGCUGCAUGGAUAGCGUCUCCCUCAUAUAG